AUGAUUGGAAUGAGGAUCUCCCUGCCCGAGUCCUUCCUGACAGCAGACAUCAUCCUCAGCACGCUGCAGAACAUCACAGAGGUGGUCUACCCCAAAGUCAUCAAGAGACACAUCUCCAAUGAGCUGCCCUUCAUGGCCACAGAGAACAUUAUUAUGGGGAUAGUGAAGGCAGGAGGCAACAGACAGGAGUGCCACGAGAAGAUCCGUGUUCUGUUCCAAGAGGCAGCAGCUGUGGUUAAACAGGAAGGUGGAGAUAAUGACCUACUGGGCAGAAUCCAGCGAGACCCCUACUUUGCACCCAUUCUAGGGCAGCUGGAUGCUUUGCUGGACCCCAAGACCUUUAUUGGGUGUGCUCCACAGCAGGUACAGCCUUAUUUUUCUUCAGUCUGGCAACAGAUGAUUGGAGACGGGAGUCUUCAUCCAAGCUGCAGCUCCCCUAUUACUGCAGCUGUGCCUGCUGCCCCCCUUGGCGACGGUGACGACUGUUAA